CCCUCCCCCUUUCACCCCCACAUUUCUCUUCUCGCAACAGCUGUGCUGCUGUGUUCCACCUCAGCCUCAGCAUCUCCACCCCUCGUCAUGCUGCUGGUGGUCUUUCUGGCGUCUCUGCUGGUGCUGACGCCAACGACGUCAACGGUCGUUCAUGGCGCUGCUGCUGGCGACAACAAGUGCGAUGCAAUCCGAGUGGUAAGCACCACCAUCUCCUCCGCCCGUUCUGCCGCCGCGCCCGGCGAGGCUGCUCGCUGGGAAGCCAAUGACAUCUGGACCGCCGGUCGCGCCCCUUGCGCCUGCGAGGAAGCCAUGAUCAAGCGCCCCGUCGACAUCAGUGGUGCCAUCCAGGCUCGCAUGACGCAGCUGACGCUGACGCCGCAUCAGCCCUUGAUGCUGAAGGACGGUGGAGAGUUUGUGAUCACCAACGAGGCGCGUACCGAACCCUGUCCCGUGAUUGAGGAGUUUGAUGUCAGCAGUCUCACCACUACCGUCUUCGAGGCCACGUGGCAAGCCAGCAGCGAUGCUGGCGUGCUGUACGCAGGCGUCAGCGGAGAUGACGAGGAGGCACACAACGUCACGGGCGCAACGUGGACUGGUAUUGUCCCACUCAACAACAACAACGACGACACUGAAGCUGCAUCCUUCACGUUGGAAGUCGCCAGUGGCGCUGCCACCGAGCGAGUCGUUGCCCGCAAGUCUGUCACCGUCCAACGUGCCACAACAGUCACGUGGGCGUCUCCAAUGUCUGGUGAAUGGUCGACCGGGUCCAACUGGAUUGGCGGCAGCUCGCCGUGCAGCGACCAGCGUGCUCGUGCGUCAGUGAAGAAUUCAGAGGAUGCCUACGACAUCACCGUCACGCAGGACACGACAGUGCGCAGCUUCAACUUGGCCCGCCAUGCUGGCCUCGUCCUUGCCACGGGUGCCACAUUCACGCUUUCCUCCAACGUGAAGUUCGAAGAUGUUAUGGAGUGCGCCCAACGUGGCCUCGACACAACACAAACAUCGACGACAACACCGACUACCACAUCCAUGGCUACAACCAGCGAUGCCACGACAGCUGGGCCUGCAACCACGACCCAAAGUGCUGGCGGUAACAUCACCACGACCGUGCACACUGCCACGACAGCUGCUACCACGACAUACACCACCAUGAAAGACACAACCACUGCAGGCAUGACCACGACAAAACUUAUCACAACUGCAUCCACAGCUACCACCACACCAACCAGAGUCGCCGCGACAGACACCUCAUCGACGAGCGAGCCCGUCACCAUCGCUGCACAGGAGAGCGCAGCGUCCAUGGGACCCGUCGCAGGUGCUGCUGGUGGCGGCGUGGUCGUUGUCAUUGCCAUUGUUGUCAUCUUCGCUGUGGUGCGCCGCAAUCGCCAGCGCCUUGUUGUCGGCGACUACUCGCAACUGGACACAGCUUCGCUCAGCAUGAAAGACGCUUCAUUCUCGUCAUUCUUUGGACCCGUCAAGCUCACACACCACGACGGCAACCAGUUGUGGUGCUUCACCUUGAGGGAGAACGCCCCGACAUUGCUCACUACGUGCAUGAACAAGAACAUUCGCCUGCUGCGAUCCCUGCAACGCGAGCUGUUGCCGGAGAACAUGCUCGGUGCGAUGCACGUUGACGAGCGUGCUGCCCGCAUUGUCGUGCAUGCUCCCACGGUCUCUCUCGACCUCCGGCUUCGUGCAUCCCGCGCUCGUGACAACACCAGGCCAGAGGGCAUGUCGCACUUUGAGCGGGUGCAGAUUGCCAAGCAGACGGCCGCCGCCCUCGUCUGGAUGCACUCCCGCCAGCUUGUCCACUCGUGUCCGCGCUCCGCCUCCAUCCACCUCAUUGGCGCAGAUCCAAACUGGAAGCUGACGUGUGUGGAGAACGAUGGUGCCGGCAUCGCUGACGCCCACCCUGAUGGCGAUUAUCUCCUGCGCUGGUGCGCGCCGGAACUUGUUGCCGAUCACAUGCUCACGCCCACGCCUGCAGCGGACGUUUGGUCCUACGGCAUCCUCUUUUGGGAAAUCAUCUCCCUCGGCGCAACCCCAUACAUGGAUGAAGACGUCAAGGCUGCAGUGUGCGGAGGAAAGGUGCCAGCCCCUGUUCCCACGGUCCCAAGUGCGCUGUACGGGAUUGUGGAUCGCUGCUGCAUUCUCGACGCCAACAACCGCCCGACGAUGAAGGAGGUGGAGGCCUUGGUGAAGGACGCCUGCGAUGCCGCCAGCACAAGCCACACGACCGUUGAUGUGCGGGGCUACCUGCCCUACGUGCCCUCCCAGCGUCAGCCCAUGACAAUCAACUCCGUGUACACCGAAGCUGGCACGGGCAGCGCCGGUGCAGGCAACACCACCGCGGCUACGUACUCGUAUGCUGGCCUGGAUGAGACAAAGAUUGGCGUUCCAUCCGGUGAUCAUACAUGGGAUGCCGCCGCAUAUGGCGUUGUUGGCGGCGCUGUGGUCAACAAGUUCAAUCCCCUGUAUGAUGGGGAUUAUGACACCGGCGCUGUGGACACCCGUCACGAAAAGCACUCUGAGGACGCCCCAUAUGCGCUCGCUGCCCAUGCAGGCGAUGCGAACGGGGAGGAAGCGCAUGCCCAGAUGACUAGCGAGGACUAUGCCAUGGCAAUGGCCCGAAAGCAGCCCGUUUACGACAACCGGCGUGGCGGGAGCAUGCGUGUUGCCGAUGCCCGCUACGCGCUCGCGUCCCAUGCAGGAGCCCUGAACGACGACACGUAUGCCCAGACAGCCGGCGGGCACCGGUUCGCUGAAGCCUUUGGCGUGAACGACAUGUACGCCACGGCCACAACGGACGAUGGCCAGCCCGUCUAUGCCAUCGGCAUCGCCCAUCGUGCUGCCGCCUUUGCGCCGCGCAACAGCAACAACACUGGCAUGGGCGAGAAGGAGGAAGAAGAGGAAGAAGACUAUGCCGAUGUCCGCCUCUUCCGCGCCAGCAAGGACGACGACGGGCAAGAGGAGGAAGAGGAGGAAGAACAAGAGGAGCACGUGCAUCAGGAAGAACAGGAAGAGGAGGAAGAGGAGGAGGAGCAGAUUGCCGGCUUUGGCAAUGCUCAGGCUUGAUGGAGUCUAUGGAGUGUUAGGGUGUUCCCUCACUCACAUCGCCAUCGGCAACGUUUGCGCUUCUCACAUGGCUGUGGAUGACGUUUGCCAUCGCUUCACACUCAACACAACUCGACACGCAUGCCUUCCUUCGCGAACUUGAGCUUUUGAGCUGUGCCCUUGUGCCCACUUCAAGCUCGCCGCACCUCACCCACGUCUGCAAAGGUUUCUUGUCCACUUCCCGCCACUCUACUCACCUUCACCUCAUGUCAACACAGCUUUCGCAGUUCAUCGCCACGAUGCACGAACGCAACGCAUUUUGUUGCUUCAGCACCGAACACGGUGGCGUUACGGAAAUGUCGCCGAAGAUGUUCAAUAAAAUUCAUCAAUCAUGA